AUGUCGAAUAUGCAAAUCUCGCACACGGUCGAUCACAAAAUCGGUACUCCUCGCACCUCCCUCGCUGCAAAGGAUGCACAAGGGUAUCUCUCGAUUUAUGCAAAUGCUGUCCACAAACGCCCAGCUGCCGACUACUCGUACAUCAACCUGCAAGCAAGCAACAGUCAAGAUUGGCAACCCGGAUGGUCCGGCAGCGUUCUUCAAAACCCAGACGAACCCGGAAAGGCCCCACCGCAUCCCUUAGCCUUGUCUGCUGACACCCACCUCGCUUUCUACCCGCUACCGGCCGUCGACGUCGUCUCACAGUCCGUUGUGGUCGUCCGCACCACUUCAGUCGCCCUAGUGCUAGGCGGAGGCGUUGCUGGAGCCGGGACGGCGGGUGGAGGUGUUGCUGGACUCGAGGCGCCCGGCGGAGGUGGAGGCGGUGGUGCUCCUGGCGUCCAGGUUGCCGAAGGAGAUGCUUCUGGGAGCGGCUCCGUUGGCGGUGGUGGUGGAGGUGCUGCAGCUGUUGGCGUCGUCGAGCAGCUUGUCGUUGUGAGCGUCAACACGCUGGGCGACGAGGUACCGGACACCUCGCCGGGAGAGGACGAGGGAGACGAGGGAGCUGGCGGAGUUGUAGUGGCAGGAGGCGUCUGGGUCAGCGUAACCAUCGUCGUGGACGUCAUAAUCACCUUAGACGACAAAGCUGCCGACGUACUACGGCUGCGAGGGCGACACGAGGACCAGCAGUGGAGACCCGGAAAUUUUCAUCCCGUUCUACUGUCGGAUGAGCGUCGAUGGCUACAUCAAUGUGUGCUCAAGAUCACCGAGACGGCAACUCACGAGGUUGAUGGGGAUGAAAAGCCUACUAUGCAAAUGGCCAAAGCCGAGCUCUCGUCGAAGUUUCGAGGCAUGGACGAGGUUCGCUUCCGGGUGGACAUGGAUUUCACAGGGCCAUACCUUGUGUGGGUGGAUGAUAUCAGCUAUGCCGCCUAUAAGUUUGGCUCUUCGGAGGACGAGCUAGCUUCUCUAUCUGCCAAUAGCAGCACCAGCUGGACGGCACCUCAACACAGCACCAGCUCGAAGGCACUUCAUCACAGCACCAGACCAACGGUAGUGACACGAACAUCCACGGCAGAUGACGGGAUGGCGGGAACCGCUUCAUCGUCUGUGGUGGUUGUGACGGCUACAACGAUGCUGACGAUAGACUCAUCGCCUACUACACCUUCACCGUCCUCCCCGAGCGUGUUGACGCUCACAACCACGAGCUGCUCGACGACGGCAACAGUCGCAUAG